AUGGCCAGAGCUCUUUGCUUGGCCUUGGUGGCCACAGUCAGAGGAUGUUAUUGGGUCUUGGAGCAGCCCUUCACUUCAACGGCUCGUCUUCUGCACUCGAAGCAUCAGCUGUUCCCCGAACUGGAGGUCCUAUGUGAAGAAAAAGUGAAGAAACGAAAGGUCAUCAAGACUAUUGUCCGCAAGAAGAAGAAGAUAAGUGGUGCCACUGUUGCUCCUGAUGGAAACCACGAAGCCUAUACUACACCAGCUGCUGACUUUGGGGAUGAUACUGUUCGAGAACACCCCAACACACCAGAGGAUGCCAUGGAUCACUAUGCCCAAGCCUCUGCUGAAGCUGAUGCUUCUCGCCUGUCCAUGGCUGAAAAGAAUGAGAAGGAAAACGUGGAUUCACUCCCAGCGACACAGGUUGAUGUGGAGGAGAAACCACACGUGAUCGACCUGGAACCAGAACUGGAAGAUUUCAUGGACCAGCACUUCGAUGACCGUCAGAAAUUUCCAGAAGAAGAAAGUUUCCAAGAAGGAGGUGAGACUGGAGUUGGGCCUGGGGAUACUGAGGAAACGCAGCAAUAUGAACCAGGUGAUGUUUGCAAUGAUGUUAUAGCAGGUGAGCCAGUUACCCAUGAGCCCGCUGCACCUGACGCUGAAGAUCGUGUUCCUGAGGAAGACAAUCAGUCCGCCUGGAAGCAAGAUGAUUGGUCAUACUAUGGGUAUUGGCCUUACGAUAGCUGGGGUGGAUCGUGGAAGAGCUCUUGGGACUAUGGAUAUGGCUACUAUGGUUCCUGGGGCCAAUGGGACAACUACCAUGGAACAGAGGGAGGGAACACAGUGCGCAGGUCGAACUCUGUCGAGAGUGGGGUCAGCGGGUUUUCGCAGUUGACCAGCGUCUCCGCGUUGCACAUGUCAUUGAACAGGCUCAACACGCCGGACCUUGAACAUGUGAAGAAGAAUGAUGAGAAGAAGAAUGAUAAGAAGAAUGAUAAGAAGAAUGAUGAGAAGAAGAAUGAUGAGAAGAAACAUGAAAAGCCUGUCAGAUUGGAUGAUGCAACCUCACCGAGCUCGUCAGUCCCUGCCCCAGCAGCUUCUCCCAAUGGAACUCCAGGUGAUGAGAUGAACCAGGAACACCAUGAUGGAUCCGAUGUUGGAACCGCACCCAGUUCAUCGAAUGGUGACACCGGUGCGCCCUCAGAAACUCCUGAUGGUAAUGCCGUGGAAGCAAAGAAUGAUGACAAGAAGGCCGCAGAGGGUGAAGGGUAUGACUCGAGCCCGAAGACUCCUGAAGAGAUUCAGAAGAUGGGCCGUCGAGCCCACGGAUGUUCUCACCUACACUCUGUCCUUUUUGAGUCCUGGUUGUCGGCCUCUGGUGACUGGAAAAAAUCUAAGCUCUACAUUCAGGCCACUGAGUCACGUAGCAACAAGAAGAUGGGCAAAAGAAAGUGGUUCCUGAAGUCGGAGAUGAUCAGCCGUUUCGGUGAAGCUGCUACGGAAGCGAUGAUACAAAGAAAAGAAGGUGACAAGGACCUAAAGGAAACUGAAUGCCGUGACCACCCAGACUGUCCAGGUGUCGAGGAGAUGAGGCAAUACAAAUGCCUGGAUGAAGAGUCUGAAAUGGACAGUGAAGAAUCAGAAGUAAAAUUUCUGUUCGAUGCGGUGGAUGAAGACAGCAAGAAGCCUCGAAAGGGAAAGAAGGACAAACAGACAAAGGCCAAAAAGGAAAAACCUGAGGAGACCCAGGAGCAGAAGGAUGCACGUGAAGCAAAGGAGAAAGAACGAAAGGAAUCUUCUGAGGCAAACAAGGUGAUUGGACAGGUAUCCACGAAGCUGGCCCAAUGGAAGAGCUUGGUGCCGUCCCAGAACUAUCGGAAAGCUGUGGAGGUUGAUGUGGAAUCGAAGCUGACAGAUGUGACAACUGCGCGAGAUUCUCUUCGAUCCAAGAUGGAUGAAUCCAAGGUGCUUGAGAUUCCCGAAGCAACGACACAUCUGAAAAGGCAAUUGGAUGAGCUUGACAAAGUGAUGGGUGAUGACAACAAUGCACUAGACGAUGCUGCGAAUGCGGCUACCAUCAGGGAUGCCGUGGAUAAAUUGUCUUCGGGUGCGAGCACCUUCGCUUCAGUCAUGAAGACCUUCUCCAACCAGGAGUCUGGUGGAGCUGGCAUGAAACCUAUGUCUCGCAAGCUUGGAACCUAUUCACGCUUCAAUGCUGCGCGCGAUUUCUGUCAGAAUGUCAAGUUGCCGCUGGACAUUGGUCGGGAGUCCAACGACAGACCGCAGACUCUGAGACCAGUUUUGCUGAAGAUGACUGAGUCGCUGAACCGUGCAUUCGAUUCGCCAGCAUUGUUCGAUAAUGGUGAACGCUUUAUCGUUGCGGAGUUUCGAGGAUGCAAUGAAGUGGGCCAAGAUGAUCGCCAGAAAGGCACCGAGAGUACACUUAGAGAAGGCUGUGCUACGCGCUGCGAACUUGAGAUUGAGUAUGCUAAGAUGGCGAACUCGGUCACUCAAU